CGUUAGCGUCGCGCGCCCGCUGCCCCGCCUGCUCACGAGCACGCCUAGAGUCACGUGUCCCCGCCCCCUGCUGUAUAGUUUCGGGGCGCGGGAGGGGCGGUUGAAUCUCCCUCAGGCCGGCAGGGGGCGCGGUAGUAGUCGACACGGCGGCUGCGCCGGGCGCCGGGCUCCGGGAAGCGGGCGGAGGGAGGCGGUCGUAGUAGCAUCACUGAGCGAUGGCUGGGGAGGAUAGAGCCGCCCCGGAGGCUGCGCAGCCCCCCGCGGACCCGGGCCCUGUUGGCGGCGGCGGCUACGACGCCAAGUGCGUCUUCUGCAGGAUCGGCCGCCGGGAGGAGCCGGGCACCGCGCUGCUGCCCUGCGAGUCUGAAGGUCUAGUCUGUUUUAGAGAUAUCAGACCUGGGGCCCCACACCAUUAUCUAGUAGUGCCGAUAGAGCAUAUGGGAAACUGCAAGACUCUAAAGAAAGAGCACAUUCCACUAGUGGAGAAAAUGAUGGAAGCUGGAAAGAACAUCCUUCAGCGAAAUAAUUUUACUGACUUGAAUGAUAUAAGGAUGGGAUUCCACUGGCCUCCAUUCUGCUCAAUAUCCCACUUACAUCUUCAUGUCCUGGCCCCAGCCAGUCAUCUGGGAUUCUUGUCUAGGAUGAUAUACAGAACCAAUUCCUAUUGGUUUAUCACAGCUGAACAGCUGAUUGAACGACUGCAGACUGAAAAUACUGCCAGUUGAAAGCACCUUACCUAGUCUUGGAUCACAAAUCAAUUUAGAUUUUGUUCUUUGAACUCUGAUUAAAAUUAUACAGUUUGGUGUAACUAUUUGUGAAGUUUUAAAAAAAGGAAAAGAUUGAGUUGAUUGCCUGUUCCUUCAGAGCAAGAACUUUUUUGAUUGUCUACCUAAUGCUCAGUGUAUGUGUACUCAAGUUUACCGAUAAUAGAUGCAAAAUAUUUGAAUGGAAAAUAGAGUAAUAUAUAAAACACUAGUUCUAGUAAAAUACAUUAUAAACAGUCAUGGUUUGAAUGUAUUAAAACUGGGCAAAUUUUCAACAGUAACUGUUAAUAGCAUGUACACUGUACCAAGUUGAAUGCUUAAAAGUGGAAUCUAGCUUUUUAUAUUAACAAAAAAAAAAUGGGGAAUGAAAUAGUGUUUAAAACGAACAGGUUUCCUUUAGUACUUGCAUGAGUCAUGCUGGUGAUGUCUAGUUCUUAGUAGGUACAGUGCUAAAGAUAAAUACUGUUUUUUGGUGCUAAACCAUUUUAAUAUAUUGCUAUCUUGCGUGAUGAUGAUCUGUAGCAAGUGCUAAACAUAACAUAUUGUGCCCAGAAUAUGAUAAUGCUUUAGAACAUAGAAUUUAGUUUAAAUGUGUAUAGGAAUGUUUAUAUGAUGGAUUUAGAUUAAGAUUGUUACUUGUCUUGAAUAUUCUCUAAAUACAAGAUUUUUAAAACAUAUAGUUAAAUUAAAGAGUUUGGAUGGAUUGAAUUAACACACUUGCCUCUGGGCAUCAAAUUUAACCUAGAACCUAGAUUAAGGACUUGUCUACACAGUGCGUUAGUCAGCACUAGAAGACCGGGGUGUGCAUUACUCUGUUGCAUAUAACUGGCCUGUGUGGAUCCUGCUGGCACGUACUAAAAGAUUGCGUGUGUGUGUGUGUGUGUGUGUGUGUGUGUGUGUGUGUGUGUGUGAGAAUGUAGUCCUGUUUCAAACAGCACUACAUUAACACACUAGGGAAUUUUUAGUGCAUGCCAGUGAGGUCUACCUGGGUACUUAGUGUGCACUAAAAGUUUACAUCCUUCUUGUGCAGACGAACACACUGGGUAGACAAGCCCUAACAUGUGGUUCUACUAAAUGUCACUUUGAUUUACUUAUGCGAUGGCUAAAUUUGACUCCUAAAUAUUUAGAGGUCACAAGAUAAAUUGUUCACUGAUGGUGGGUUUUGUUGUUUUUGAGCUCACCACACACAACUACUAUAUAACCUGAUAGGUCUUGGCAUAUCUGGGACUCAGGGAAUGCCCAAAACUGGAGUAUUCAUGUGAUGUGGUGUUAAGAGUUGCAUGAGGAGGUGUUCAGAGUGUCUGUCUGCACUACAUAUGGCUCUAGUCAGUGCUGUCGCUCCCUCAUUUUUAUGAGCACCAAAUUAAUUCAGAUCAUUUGAAAAGAAGAUAAAAUUUCAGGACAAUAAUUUUAUCCCUUGGUUUUUUAUUUAUUUGUUUUUUGUUUUCCACCAAACCAUUUUGCAUUAACCUAAUUGAAACCAGUGCCCUCAGCAUCUACAUGUUAACAGCCAGGGUGGUGGUUAUCCACUGCACCUGCAGGCUCUCUGAGAAGUCUUAAAGUGCUUUCCACGGAUUCUGUUGCCUUAGUGAUGCAGUGUUUUGUAAUGUUUAUUUGUGUAUAUAGUACUUGAAGUGUUAAGAAUAUGCUGACCAAAGAACAAGAUUCCCUGCCAUAAAGAGCUUACUUCUCUCUUUUCUCUGAGACACUGCACUUACGCUGUGUCUGCAGUUGGAGCUGAGGGUGUGGUUCCUGGACAUACCUGUGCUAGCUUUGCUAAAAAUAGCAAUGUAAUUUACGGUGGCGGGGCAGGUGUGAGCUGUGGCAUGGGCUAGCUGCCUUGAUUAUAUCCCACCCAAACCCGGCGGGUACCUACUCAAGGCAGCUAGCCCAUGCUGCCACUUGCUGCUGCCUGUGUGACUCUGGCUACACUGCUAUUUUUAGCAUGCUAGAUUGAUCAAAGCUAGCACUGGUACAUCUACGCGAGCUGGGAAACACAUCUCCAGCUCUAAAUAUGGAUGGAGGUGUUAGUGUCUUGAUCCUCUUGUUAAGGGGGAUUGGCAUGUAACUUACAGUACUUUGGAGUAUGGUGCUAGGAAGACUUUGACUCAUUCCUUGCAAUAAUUAGGGAAUCAGCUCACACACAUCGUAACUUGAUUAAAAUAUUAGGAUGCCAAUAUAUUAACCUCUUUUUUAAAACAGUGAUAAAGUACUGCUCAUGAAUAUUGUGGUAGUGAAUUAAUUUAUGUAACUAUACUUAACUGUGAUCUGCAUCAUUACAAGCUAUUUUUAUGAGCCAGUUCUAAAGUAUUACGGAAAAGCUUAAUAAAAACCAGAAAUGUUAACCUAGGCUUCUUUGAAUGUUUUAUAAUUCUGUCAGAGGUGGCUGCAAAGAGGUAAUGUUGAAUUUAACUGUUUUAUUCUUAAGUGUAAUACAUUUGCAUACUUCUCUAAAAUGUGAAAAUGAAAAGUAACGUAAUUCUGGUAUAGAAAAUGUAGACAGGGUCAUGGUAUGUGUUUAGAAUGAAAGUCCAGUGGAACAGAUGGUACUGGAAACUGUUAAUGGAAAACAGAACCUUUCACUUCUGGGUUACUAGUUCCAAUUCAGACUAGGCUGGUAAUGGCAAAAGAACAACAAAAAAAUCACAUUGCCAUUUAAUAGCUGUUCAGUGGUGCUUAUAAACAAAAUUUUAGUUUUAAUCAAGUUCAUAAGGAAUGGGUAUUUACAUCACAAAGAACACCAUAAUUAGCAAUUACUCCCUAUUUCUGGUAGGUAAUAAGGUCAAAGACUGACUUUUUCAACAACUAAAGACUAAUCCUUUAUAGCCGAGUCAUAGUCAGGUUUGUGUGUGGCAAUAGACACUGUUAUACAUGCACUUGCCAAUACUGUCAUUCUUCCCAAGGAAAAAUUAAAUUGGGAAUUGUUAGUGUACAGUGUAUGCCCAACUGUACUUCUAAUAUGAGACUAUGUAUAAACAGGACAGCCUUACCCAGCUGCUGUGUAUAUUUAGAAUUACCUAUUCAAUUUUAGUUAAGUUUUUACCUCCUUAACCCUGAAAGAUCAACACCUCAUAU